AUGGGAGCCUGUCGUGGUAAAGAAACAUGCGGCCGUUGCUCUGAAAUAGGACACGACAGUAAAUCUUGUACAUCUGCACCAAAAUGUAGCAAUUGUAAAGAAGAUCAUCCCUCAUAUUCUCGUAAAUGCCCUCGAUGGAUAGAAGAAAAAGAAAUACAAACAAUCAAAGUGACACAAAAUAUUCCUUUUGCAGAAGCCCGAAAAUUAAUAAAAUCUAGAACGCCCACUGUUGGAGUGUCUUACUCAUCAAUGCUCAGCUGUUGCCCACAUUGCAAAACUAAAAUGGUCCAAAAAGAAACCCCAUCUAAUGCUAAUCCAAAUCCAUUACCAGAAAAAUCACCAGUUAAAAACAAUAGUGAAUCCACAAACUCCAAAACAAAAAGUAUCCAUGGUAGACCCAACCCUCUAAAUAUCUCUAAAAUAAAAGUGGUAAAUGUAGAUAAUGCUGUCAGUCAGGAAAAUAUUCAAAGCAGCCCGAUGAAUACCGUCGAUAACUUAGCUCCAAACAAAGCAUCUCGCAUCCCUACAUCAAAUAAUAAAAAGGUAAUGACACCAAAAAAGCCAUCUAAGUUUUUUAAAGAAACAAAAGCCAUGCGUAAAGCAAGAAUGCAGGCUUUUAAAAAUAAUUUGGACGAGAAGAUAAAAGGUUCUGUUAAAAAACGCACGCUUACGAAACAAGAUCUCUUAAAAGAGUCGAAAACUGAAGAAGAGGAUGAUAUAAAAAUACAUCCAUCUGAUGAUGAUUUUAUGUCUACUGACGGGGAGGAGCAGAUAUCAAAAAUAAUUCAAAAAAAUAAGACAACAAAUGGCAAUUAA